CAGAGUGAUACUGCAAUAAAAAUAGUAGAAGAACAAUUUCCUUUUCUGUCUUAUCAAAAUUCUAGUAAUGGCUUUGAUACUUUUGAUAAAACUCUGCCUACAACAUGUUUGAUCUGUGAAAAAGAGCACAUGAGAGAAGGUGAAUCUGAUAUUGAAGUCAUUAGAGCAGACAAUGAUAGCAGAACCAGUAAGAAGAAAAAAGUUAUUUCACGUUUAGAUAGAUUAAGAUCUCAGCUUCAGCAUAUAUUACAAUCUCAUUCACAAAAUAACUUUACUGCUAUUGGAAAAAACAUCAAAAUAUAUAAUGCUAAAACAAUGCGUAGCUAUAAUUUACAAGCUAAACUUACAAGCAGUAACCGGCACUUGAUGCUUAUUAAAGGACAUUGCGGUGUUGGUAAAUCAAAUAAGACAACAGAGGAAAUAAAAACACUAUGUCAUUCUGAUGGUUCUUCUAUUUCAAUUCUUAUCAUUUCCGGCUGGCGUAGUCUAGCCCAUGAUCAAAAAGUUCUUUUCGAAGGGUUUAAGUCUUAUCUCGAACUGGAUAUGAAAAAGCUUAAUCCUAAAGAUACUCUGAAACUCAUUAUUAGUUCUGAAAGUAUUCACAAACUUGGAGCAACUGGCUAUGAUAUAAUUAUACUAGAUGAGUUUGAAACUAUCACUCAGAAUUUUAGUGGACCUACUAUGAAAAAACUGAAGCUGAGCCAUGACAUAUAUAAAUUCUUGCUUCAAUCUGCAUUAUUGAUAUUGGCUUUAGAUGCUAUAUUAGAUUCAGACUCGCUUGUACAUUUACAAAAUAUUUUGAAAAUAGAUACUGAAAAUUCAACCGUGAUAUGGAACCAGCAUAUACGAGAUAAACGUCAUGCUCUUAUAUAUAUUAAUACCAAAAAAUGGAAUGCUGAAUUAAUUGAAGCUCUGAGACAAGGAUUAAAAGUCUAUAUUCCAAUGUUUGCUAGUGCGAAAAUGGCAGAAGCUCUUCAUAAAAAAUUGGCGUCUCAUGGGUAUCGAGGUAAAUGUUUUUCCAAACGGCUAUCAGAAACAGAGAAAAAAGACAUAUUUGUCGAUAUUAACGAUGCAGUGGCAAAUCUCGAUUAUUUAAUAGCAACUCCAGUCAUGACUUGCGAUGUAAGUAUAACAAUAGAAAACUUUGAUAUGAUGUUUGCUCAUUUUCGCACAUUAGCUGGUCUAACAAGCAAUGAAGCAUAUCAGAUAUUGCACCACAUUAGAAAGUUAAAUCAAAAUGUAAUGCAUGUUCUAACAGAUUUACGUGGCGAUAAUUUGCCGACAGACCGUGAAGAUUUAUUUCAUUUUAUCAGCUAUUGA